UAACGUAAUCUACACGACACUAUACUUUCACCAGUGUCUCGAUAUAUAUGACCUGAUAAGCAAAGUGAGGUUGAUGAUGAUGGAAUAACACAGCUGGCGGAGGCUGGCAAUGAGUACAGGUGAUGCGGGCAGGUGACGUGACGAGGCCCCUCAGUGUGAAGACCAUGGGACGCAGGAGGAGCCUUGAGCUGGGUACCGCGUCCUUGUGUACUUAACUAAGGUACUAUUAAGAGUGCCAGAUACUGACAUAGCUUUAAUGACUAAGUGACGUGGAAACAAGACAAAAUUACAGGAAAUACAGAGAAAGAACAGUGAAAUUUUGUGACAGCCACUGGCUUUAUCUCAACGAGUGAUAAUUUAAUUGUGGACUUAUAGAUACAAAAGCAUCUUAUUUGUCCAGGAUCCACAGUGUGUGUCUUCUAAAUGCAAGUUGAGUGAGGGCUCCACGAUGAAGACUGUAGCGGUGAAGAUCGUCAUUCUGGGCUCGCAAGGUGUGGGCAAGACUUCCCUAGUGACGCGAUACGAGACCAAAAGCUUUCAGAAGAACACCAGCUCCACCAUAGGCGCCUCCUUCAGCAACGUGGACGCAAUCAUUGAUGAUGUCAAGGUCAAAAUGCAGGUAUGGGACACUGCGGGCCAAGAAAGGUUCCGGUCCAUGGCGCCAAUGUACUAUCGAGGUGCCAACGCCGCCCUGCUCGUCUUUGACCUGACCAAGUACGACACCUUCACUGACGUCAAGGCGUGGGCUCAUGAGUUAACGCACCGAGUGGAGGGCGAGCUGAUGCUGGUAGUGGUGGGGAACAAGGUGGACCUGGCGGAGCAGCGGGUGGUGCAAGCAGCCACCGCCAGGAACUACGCUGCCUCCAUUGGGGCGCCCUUCUUUGAGACCUCGGCCCUGGACAAUACAGGUGUGCAGGAGAUGUUCCAGGAGGUAGCGGCCAGGAUGGUGCAGCAAGCAGAGACAAACACUAACUCGAGUCUCAGAGUGUACGCAGCUGAGGGCAAAGACCGCCGAGGCUCCAUCCUGCAGCUGAGCGAGGAUAGUGGGGAGCGGGCGAAGGGCGGGGGCUGCUGUUGAGGUGCUGAUGUGUUGCUUGGGAGACACUGAAGCACAUGCCUAAUUGCAAACGCACACUGUGAUAAACACUACACAUACUGCACACUCUUGUUACAUGACGAUUGCAAGACUGAGGGUGUUGUUUUUGUUGGCCCUGAACGCUCUCUUGUCCUAUGGUGCACUCAUUACUCUUGUUGCUGUUAAUUUGAUUGUUGCUCUUAUACUUUGUUGCUUUUAUAUUGUUUUAUGUUACAAAUUCCACGACCAUCACCAUCACUACUACUACUACUACUACUACUACUACUACUACUACUACUACUACUACUACUACUACUACUACUACUACUACUACUACUAC